AUGUCAUUCAGACCUGGAGGCACUGAUUACGGACCCACUGGCCAAGCAGCAGGGGGAGAAGGUGGCCUGGAUUCUCAGUGGAAUGGGGUAGAUGAGCAUGAGGUUGUGGUGAAGGAGAGAGUGGCAUGUGAUCGUUGCCGUCAGCGGAAGGCGGAGGCGCAGUGUACAUUCAGACUGGCUCACAAAGCCAAAGAAAAGCGGCAACGGGUCCUGAUCUCGAGUGUAUAUGAAAGGAGAUUGGAGCAUAUUUCGAACAGAAUUGAGGAGCUCUACGGAAUCAUAGGGCAACUUAGAGAUGAGCGCCAUAAUGGUGAUAGUAGCCUUAUGGCCCCAACUAGAUUACGAGCACCAUCAUACUCAUCGCUCCAAUCUGGCAGUCUUCGGGCAUCCUCCAAAGCUCCAGCUCCAGCGGAAGGGAUUGAGUCCGCAUUGUUUGCCCAUGUCAUUUGCGCAGCAAGAGCUCUUGAAACCGCUGUGAUGAAUGACCCAUUCUCCAGGGCGGUCGACGACAUAACUUCGGCGUUAAACACUUUGCGGAACACAGUCAAUGACCAAAAGCAGCAAAAUGAGACGCUGGAAGGGUCACGUUCAUUUCUAAAGGCGCUGCCUUCUGGUCUUAGUCUUAGGGAUUUGCCUAUCCCUUCCAUAGAUAAAAUCAUGGCAUGCCUCAGGAUCACACAAGAGAGCUCGCCGAGCGAGAUUUACUGGCCCUUCGAAUUUGGAUCCCUGGGAGACUUCACUCAGAACGUGAUCAGAGCCUGCGCACCCGGUCCGAUCAGCGAUAUAGAGCUGAUCAUAGUACACUACGUUCUUUACUCGCUCUUCACCCAAUGCUCGAUUGUUGCCGAUGACGAGACACUCAGACAGGACUACGAUGUGCAAGCUGCAACGUGCAGAGAGAGCCUCGAGACAAUUCUAUCGAGCCUUUCCUUUCACAUCCAUACCAAUAUUGACUCUAUCUGUGCCUUGUACAUGGCGUCUCUUCAUUGCCUGCACCGGGGAAAAGUGUCCACAGCCUGGACGUUUAUUUCAAGAGCGUCACUUAUGUGCCUAGCCUUGGGGUUGCAUAGCAAUCACACCAUGGUAACGGAACAAGAAAGCGCAGUGCAGCGAAAGAUGUGUCUUUUCUGGGCUGUGUAUGCCGUGGAGAAAGCUGUGGCUUUACGGCUCGGCAGGCCAUCGACUAUUAGAGACCAGGAUAUCACCAUCCCACGACUCACUUUGGACCGCAAAAUGACCUCCCUAGCAUAUAAUCGGCUGCCUGACUGGAUUGAUAUCGCUAGCCUCUACGGCCGCUUGUACGAUAGCCUGUAUAGCCCAACUGCGUUGACACGACCGGGCUCCGUUCGCGUGUCUCGUACCAAUGCACUGGCUUCUGAGCUGGAGCGUAUGAUAGCCGCGAGAACCGGAUAUUAUAGUCGGCCAGACCUGUGGAGUAGCCAUGUGCUAGAUCUAAAUCUUUCACGGUUCAUGAUACACGCCAACAGAGCUAUAGAAUUCUCAACUUUGGCGUCCAUAUAUCGAGGAAUCCCAACAGAGAGUCCGCCGGGUAUAAUACCAUGUACUCAAUGCAUCACCGCUGCGCGAGUAGCUCUUGAAGAGAGCGAAGCCAGCAUUGCCAUACUUUCAGGUGCAGCAAAAUGGCCGACUAGUCUUCACGACUGGGUCAACGAGGUUCUCCUCAUAGCGCCAUUUAUCCCUCUCACAAUCCUGGUUUACAAUGUUGUUGAUACUGCUGACGCGUCGGACCUGGGCCGCUUGAAGGGAGUGGUUGACGGUCUACAGUCUCUGGCACAAUCGCCGCACUAUGCCCGCUGUAAUAGGCAGCUGCGUAUUUUCAAGCCACUGUACGAUGUUGCAGCUCGUUAUGUCGAAGCAAAGACAAGCCGGGAAUCAACAGGCACGAUCAGCAGUCUAUUCACUAAUCCCGACACCGAUGUCUACUUCGAUGAUGACACUUGGUUAGGGAAUGAAUUCUCUCUUGUCUCGUCUUUACCAUUAUCAAAUAUGUUGUCACUCGAUUUGCUCCAAGCUCCAGCAGUUACAUCAUAUGAUGAGACUCCGGAACAUAGCCAACCUGACCUAAUAAAGUAA